AUGGCAAUUUGUAAUAAGGCCUGUGAGGCCUACUGGCUCAGUGGUCGUUUACCCAGAGUCAACGGCUCGCCGAAAUUCGCCAUCGCGCCUUUGGAAAGUCAUGACGUAUAUGACCAUACCAGUCCCAGCAAAUUCAGUAAUCCUUCCAUCUUUGAGGCCAGUCUCUUCCAUCGGCAUCUGUCGGCUGUCGGAAACGCAGACGCCUUAAAACUGCCAGCGCGAAACAUAGGAGUGGUCGAGGACAAGGGCGUGAAAGAGAUCGAGAUGUCUGGCAGAUUCCUUCAUCCGCUGUGGAUCGAGGGCUGCAUCGAGAAAUCCGCACUCCUCCCGUCCAAUGCCCCAGGCUGCAGGCUCAUCCACACGAGUUGGGUUGGCUGUGAGCCGCAUGAGGGAGCCAUUGUGCGGGGAGACCGGUGGUCUAGACCAUUCUCCCCUUACCCAGACAGCCCGCGAGAGAGGCCUGUAGGUCAACGCGGGCCCUCGGCCCAUCGGUGGUCUGAUCAUUCCACAGCCCCCAAGUUCGUCCGAAUCCACGUGCUUGGGGCAAAGGUGGUACAAACAUCGAUGGACACUGUCGAAUAUCACAAUCGUUCAUGGAAGCCAUGCUACGAAAGCUUGAUAGAUGAAGAAAAGAGAGGAAGCGGGGUACGCGAGGACUGGGCCAACGCUGGAGCUAGAUUGGAGACGUUGAGUCGUCGGAGUAUUGUAGAUGAACAAGUGGACUCGACUCAUACAGUGCCAGCGAGGGACAACGAUGGAGGAAUUGGGGGACCAGACAACUCCAUCGCGCCGGAGAGUGUGCGACGAGUCGGGAGUAACGAGAUCAUCGAGACGUUGGAGUCUUGGAGUAAAGAUUUGCAGCAAUAUGGGGCACGGCGUUUCGUGCUUGACGCGGUCGGAUGCCAUAGUGAGCCGGCGGCAGUCGUAUGUCUGAGCGAUUUGGCGGUUUGGACGGAAGCCGAAGUGUGGACAUCCCAAGGCCCGCGGCGGAAACGGGAAGCUUUCACAGUGAAGUCUGAGUGGGAAAUCGGUCUGGAUAGAACCCCACCCAUCCCCGCUAUUCUGUCCUACGCUCCAACUUGGAGGGUUCAAGGCCAAGGAAAGAACUGCACGGUGACAUUUGACGCAAGUGUGCAAAUCCAUCUCCGCUGGUUCUUGUUCCCCUUCCACCUUCCACUCCAAGGGUCCAAGCAUCAUGACUCCAUGAGAUGGAGACUUGGAGCAUUGGAAAAACUCUGUCUUGAGGAGCUCGGUCUCUUGCCGGAGUGUCGCCGAGUAAUGUCAAUUUGCGAACUGCGAGUUCACCCUCCGAGACCUUCACAAGUGGUUUUCAGGGUCCAACAACUCGAUUUUGUCCCUGCUUUUUUGCCUUGUUCCUCCUUUCCUCCCGGUUCCAACUAUUAUUUGUCUCGCCUCGCCUGCCUCGCCUCAUGUCUCUCCGCUCCUUCCUCCUUGAAGUAUUGCUCCAGUCUCCUCCUCUCCUCUCCAGCAGGCCUGAUCCCUUCAUUGACGCCAACUGGCAAGCCGAAAGCCUGCAGCGGCAGCAUUUUUGCUUCUCCCGCAACCAUCUCGAAUGCUUGUGGCAAAAAGGCCUGUCUCAAGCUUGUUGGGAAGCUUUCUUACGGUGCUCGCAGCCAGUCACCCGUCAAGCAAUUGUCCAAUCUCAUCGUUGCUUUCACUUCGAAAUACCUCUCCGGCGCCAACCCCGACAGCCCGAGUCAUCGCCCGAACCCUGUGCCUGAGCAGCAGGACCCUUACCCGUCCACCGCAACCAUCUGGGUCCAAUCAAUCGUGGCAACUCUAGUGCAGCUAUCCAGACUUGUGACAGCCGGAAGUUCCUCUCCGGGCCAAGUCGCUGCUUGUAUAUUGUACACAACCUGCACUUACAUCUGUGACUACUUGGCCAAGAUCCAAUCAUCCAUCGGAUCAUCGCAAUAUGCUUCGAAAGGGUUUACCAGGAAAUCGGGGCCGCCGGAGGAUGCGAGCAUGCCAAACUGCCGUUUGACGCCAGAGACACCGCGCGGCCGAGUAUUGCGGCUUGCCGGUCGGAGUUUCGCCACAACUGACCAAGGCUCCAGCUUGACCGGCGCCGAUCCUUUACCCCAUCCGCACCGAGAUCUGCGUUGCAUGUGGCACGCAUCCUCCGAGAAUCGUCACUGCUACCACAUUAUGAUCCGGGGCACCAAGGGCGCCAGACGCCCGGUCGCACAGAUACACGGUACCUCGCCGUCACGGCACGGCGCCUUGUCUUCAGCCGCUAAGGCUGGUCUGGCAGCUUUCUCCGCGGCUAGUCUGCCGUUACGGGACACAAAUGAGUUAGCUAAUGCAGUCUACAGUGGCCCGGUGCACAUGAAAGGAGAACGGCAUUCGACCGAGAGACUACCGGUAAUGAAGUCGCUACGUUCCGCAAUCAUCUUGGCGCCGCAUUACCUCAUCAACUUCUUGGAGAGGCGCCAAGCAGCCUCAAACGAUGAUCAGCCAAAGUCGCUGGCACUUGGACGCUUGGCCAGUCGCCGCGGCUGCAUGGAGAGAAGCAGCUAUUCGAGACAACAACAUACAGGUGACAUCGCCUUGACAUAUAAUUUGACCCUCGGACGCAGGACACGCUAUUACGGUCUUCUACUUCAAAAGUCGCAGCCUCGUUUCUUCGCAACCAGAACCAUAUUCCGCUUAGUGCAGUCGGGCCGACAGCUUUCAGCGUCAGUGCUUGUUCGGUUCAAAAUGCCCGAGCUACAGAGGCUGUCGUCUAAAGCCAUUGAGUUCUGCACUUGUCACUGGACUUCGACUUGGAUUAACGACUUUGGCAGUUCUGUGCAUCGCCAUCUGACUUGGUCUCGACCGUGGUCCAUGUCUACCAGCCUAGCGCCUAGCAAACUUGAGACUCCCCGGCUGCGCAGUAGCAGACUUGAUUUCGUUGGAGGAGCUGUCUCCGAGGCCCUGGACGAUGAUGCAAGUCCCAAAUACGCAACGAUUAUCUGUACAUCCCAUGCACGUCUGACGACGAUUGACGACGAUUUACAACGACCAUUUGAUGUUUCCAUAUAA